AUGGCUUUCUACGGCGUUCCGGCUUUGGCGUCAGUCGCCGCGGAGGCGUGGCCAUCGAUUGCGAACUCAUUAGCAACACCUUGGAGAAGCGCGACGCUGCCGGCGCAGAGAUCAGAAACCAGGCCUGUGUCGGAUGCUAAGGGUGCCAGGUCAAGUCUCGGCGACAAGGCAUCGUCAGCGCAGUUACCUGAUUUCAUCCGGGAUGCGACUCCAUCACUAUCUACUCUCCCCGCUCUACCGAGAAAUACCGCGCCAAUGAAUAUUCAGAACACCGUAUCUACGCUCUCUCAAGUUGGUCUGCGGGCGGCGAACCCCGUCUUGCGGCAGCCGCAGUUCCAAAUUAAGGGAUUUGUUCCUCGAGCACAAUGGCGCCCGUUUGCAUCAAUGCGUCUGCAGCAGUUGCAGUUUGGAGGUGUGGCAAUGCAACAGAGGGGCUUUGGCACAGGGUUUGGCAGCUCCAACGGCAUUUCCCGGAACCAAUUAGCUACUGUCGAGGAGUCUGCGAAUCGAAACGCUGGCAAUGCCAACAUGCAAAAUGCGUUUUACCAGCUCCUCCUCAGGGCGAACAUGCCCGGCAUAUUAGUCGAGCGAUACCAGUCAGGACGAUUUGCAACAAACGCGGCCACCGAAGAUGCGUACAAGAAGGCUCUGGCAGCACUUAAUGCGGGCACCAAUGCCACCGCGGGGCCAUCGGCGCCGUCUGGAUAUGGUAGAGGGCAAUGGACUACGCAGGAGCAGGCCAUUGCUAAUGCUGCUGUUUCGGGUAGUUCAUACGGCGCCGGUGCAUCCAAAGGCGGCAAGGGGGAGCCGAUUCAUGUUGUUGUCCAAGAAUCAACACGGUCACUUAUCUUCCGCUGGGUCAAGUUCUUUGCGACAUUUGUCGUGGUUACAUAUCUUUGUUUUGCGGCUGUCACCAUUCUUAUCGAGACACUCAGUACGUUCCGACGUGGACCUGGCGCCAAGACGGAUUCCGAGGUAAAGGCUGAGAAGCAGACUACGCGAUUCGGCGACGUCCAUGGCUGCGACGAGGCCAAGGAGGAGCUCCAGGAAGUUGUCGAAUUUCUCAAGAACCCGGAAAACUUUUCCGACUUGGGUGCCAAGCUCCCCAAAGGCGUCUUGCUUGUCGGCCCCCCGGGAACCGGAAAGACGUUGCUUGCUCGCGCCGUGGCUGGUGAAGCUGGUGUACCAUUCUUCUACAUGUCCGGAAGUGAAUUUGACGAAAUCUUUGUGGGCGUGGGGGCCAAGCGUGUUCGGGAGCUUUUUGCUGCGGCCAAAGCCAAGUCUCCAGCGAUUAUCUUCAUCGACGAACUGGACGCCAUUGGUGGCAAGCGAAAUCCUCGAGACCAGGCACAUGCCAAGCAGACUCUCAAUCAGCUGCUGACGGAACUCGAUGGAUUCGACCAAGACACCAAAAUCAUCAUCAUGGGCGCUACCAACUUGCCAAAUCUGCUGGACAAGGCUUUGACUAGACCUGGCCGUUUUGAUCGUCACAUUAACGUAGACCUCCCGGAUGUUCGCGGGCGCCUGGCUAUUCUGAAGCACCACGCGAAGAAGAUCAAGGCGGCACCCGAUGUUGACUUGGACGCUAUUGCUGCCCGGUCUCCGGGGAGAUCUGGUGCAGAGCUCGAAAACAUGCUCAAUCUCGCCGCUCUUCGAGCCAGCAGGGCCAGAGCCACAAUGGUUUCAAAGGACGACAUGGAUUGGGCGUUUGAUCGGGUUACUAUGGGAGCAGAGAGGAAGUCGAUGGUUGUCACGGAAAAGGAAAAGGAAAUGACAGCCUAUCACGAAGCUGGCCACGCACUCGUGCAACUCUUUGAAAAGGACAGCUCCAGUCGACUGUACAAGGUCACCAUCUUACCCAAGGGCCCGUCGCUUGGUCACACUGCGCAUGUGCCGCAAAUGGACAAGUACUCAUACACUGCGGCCGAGUACAUGUCGAACAUACGUGUGCUGCUUGGUGGAAAGAUGGCCGAGGAGAUGCGAUAUGGUGACGACAAGGUUACGUCUGGAGUUUCAAAUGACCUUGAAAAGGCUACGGAUCUCAGCUUCAUGAUGAUUACCAAUUUUGGCAUGUCGAAUGCGCUGGGGCCAGUGGAAUACGGCAGACGAUACGAAAACCUGAGCUCUGAAACCCGAGCCAUUAUUGAGGGAGAAGUGCAGAAGACGCUGAAGAAGUCGUACGAGGACGUGAGGAAACUGCUUACGGAGAAGCGAAAAGAGCUCGACCUUUUGGCGCAGGCUCUUGUUCAGUAUGAGACGCUGGACAAGAAGGAGGUGGAGAUGGUGAUUCGAGGAGAGAAGCUGCCGGGACGAAGUAUUGUUCCCAAGGGCCCGCUGGUGUUGCCAAUUCCCUCAGACACACCUCAGCCACCCGGGCUAGGAAACGUUCCGCAUCCGCAGCCACCAGAGUCGGAGGCACCACCUCCAGCGCAGGCAGAUUCAUCUGCAGCUGACAGCUGA